UCGGAGCUCCGCCGCUGAGCGAGCGGUGGGCAGUGGCCGGUGGCCGAGCACUCCCGGGAGAGCCGGCGGGCUAGCGCUAGCGCCGAGCAGCCGCCUGUAGCCACACAAAGAGCCCGGGAACCGGCAGCGGCGUGUGCGUGUGGCCCGUGGGCGGGCGGCGGCGCGGGAGUAGCGCGGAGCGGCAGCCGUUUCGGGCGGCUGGCAUCAUGGACGAGAAGGUGUUCACCAAGGAGCUAGACCAGUGGGUCGAGCAGCUGAACGAGUGCAAGCAGCUCUCCGAGUCCCAGGUCAAGAGCCUCUGCGAGAAGGCCAAAGAAAUCCUGACAAAAGAGUCCAACGUGCAAGAGGUUCGAUGUCCAGUCACCGUCUGUGGAGAUGUGCAUGGGCAAUUUCAUGAUCUCAUGGAACUGUUUAGAAUUGGUGGCAAAUCACCAGAUACAAAUUACUUGUUUAUGGGAGAUUAUGUUGACAGAGGAUAUUAUUCAGUUGAAACAGUUACUCUGCUUGUAGCUCUUAAGGUUCGUUACCGUGAACGCAUCACCAUUCUUCGAGGAAAUCAUGAGAGCAGACAGAUCACACAAGUAUAUGGUUUCUAUGAUGAGUGUUUAAGGAAAUAUGGAAAUGCAAAUGUUUGGAAAUAUUUUACAGAUCUUUUUGACUAUCUUCCUCUCACUGCCUUGGUGGAUGGGCAGAUCUUCUGUCUACAUGGUGGCCUCUCACCAUCCAUAGAUACACUGGAUCACAUCAGAGCACUUGAUCGUCUUCAAGAAGUUCCUCAUGAGGGUCCAAUGUGCGACUUGCUGUGGUCAGAUCCAGAUGACCGUGGUGGUUGGGGUAUAUCUCCUCGAGGAGCUGGUUACACUUUUGGGCAAGAUAUUUCUGAGACGUUUAAUCAUGCCAAUGGUCUCACGUUGGUGUCAAGAGCUCACCAGCUGGUGAUGGAGGGAUAUAACUGGUGCCAUGACCGGAAUGUAGUAACAAUUUUUAGUGCUCCAAACUAUUGCUAUCGUUGUGGUAACCAAGCUGCAAUCAUGGAACUUGAUGACACUCUAAAGUACUCUUUCUUGCAGUUUGACCCAGCACCUCGCAGAGGCGAGCCCCAUGUCACUCGUCGUACCCCAGACUACUUCCUGUAAUGAAACUUAAAACUUGUACAGUAUUGCCAUGAACCAUAUAUUGACCUAAUGGAAAUGGGAAGAGCAACAGUAACUCCAAAGUGUCAGAGAAUAGUUAACAUUCAAAAAACUUGUUUUCACACGGACCAAAAGAUGUGCCAUAUAAAAAUACAAAGCCUCUUGUCAUCAACAGCUGUGACCACUUUAGAAUGAACCAGUUCAUUGCAUGCUGAAGCGACAUUGUUGGUCAAGAAACCAGUUUCUGGCAUAGCGCUAUUUGUAGUUACUUUUGCUUUCUCUGAGAGACUGCAGAUAAUAAGAUGUAAACAUUAACACCUCGUGAAUACAAUUUAACUUCCAUUUAGCUAUAGCUUUACUCAGCAUGACUGUAGAUGAGGAUAGCAGCAAUCAAUCAUUGGAGCUUAAUGAACAUUUUUAAAAAUAAGUACCAAGGCCUCCCCUCUACUUGUGACUUUUGAGAUCGUUUUGUUUAUUUUCAGGGAUACCGUUUAAUUUAAUUGUGUGAUUUGUCUGCGCUCAGUUUAUUUCCCUUCCAAAUCUCAGCCUCAUGUUGUUCUUUGUUACUGUCAGAACCUGGUGAGUUGCUUUGAACAGAACUGUUUUUCCCUCUCUUGUAAGACAAUGUUACUGCACAAGAGCACUGCAGUGGUUUUCAUAAUAAACUUGUGAACUAAAAAAAGAGAAAGUCAAAUUUUAAUAGUUUCAAUGGGCAAAACUGGUGCUGUUGAUUUAAAGAUAACAUCAACUGAUAAAUUUUAGAAUUUGUAGACUUCUCAGUAAAGAAAAAUAAAAAUGAAGGCCACUACAUAAUCUCUGGUAAUCCUUGAUGGUCCUGAGAUGAAGUGUCAGGACUGACUUGGACACAGUACAGUUUGUCAGAUUGCCUUGUGCCCUUCAUGGCUUCCUCCUGCAUAUUGACUUGUCUGCGAGAAAGGAAAUCUAUGUGCUUACUUCAGGAAGACCUGGCUGUAAAACCACAGAACUUGAGAUUUAAGUUUUUUGGUUUUGUUUUAAUAAAACAGCAUGUUUUCAGGAAGAGCUUGACAAACUGAUGGUGUCUACUUAUCAGUGUGCACUUUCUGGUUACAAACAUUAUAUUGCUAUGUGUGUUACAUGAACUCUAAAAUGAUGGCAGUAAGUUCUUAAAUAUUUACACAUUGUCAUGUGAACUUAGAGUUUAUCUCUGAUGAGAACGCUGUUAAGCAUUAUCCUGUAAGCUCUUUAAGUGAUACUUGUUAAACCAAAUAGAAAACUAUUGCUGGGUCAUGGUUUAGUGUUAAUGUACAUUCACCCAAGGAUGAAAAUGGCAUUUGAAAUUAAGUGGCAGUGUAAGCAUUUAAUGAGUUUUUUCCUCUCUUUUUAUUCUUUGAAUAGGAUUAGAAAGUUGAAACAGUCCUUCUGUGGAAACUAAUAGUUGGUCAUAUUAAGCUACCAGGGUAAACUUCAGGACACUUACUCAUUACUUGUGUGAAUGUAGUAAUAAAAGUUUCUUUGCUUUGUA